UCCGCUCGGGCUCCGGAGGAAGCCACCGCCGCCAGUCUGAGGCAGGUGCCCGACAUGGCGAGUGCUGUGCUGCCGAGCGGAUCCCAGUGUGCGGCGGCGGUGGCGGCGGUGGCGGCGGCGGCGGCGCCUCCCGGGCUCCGACUCCGGCUUCUGCUGUUGCUCCUCUCCGCCGCGGCACUGAUCCCCACAGGUGAUGGACAGAAUUUGUUUACGAAAGACGUGACAGUGAUCGAGGGAGAAGUGGCGACCAUCAGCUGCCAAGUCAAUAAGAGUGACGACUCUGUGAUCCAGCUGCUGAAUCCCAACAGGCAGACCAUUUAUUUCAGGGACUUCAGGCCUCUGAAGGACAGCAGGUUUCAGUUGCUGAAUUUUUCUAGCAGUGAACUCAAAGUGUCGCUGACAAAUGUCUCGAUUUCGGAUGAAGGAAGAUACUUUUGCCAGCUCUACACUGACCCUCCCCAGGAAAGUUACACCACAAUCACAGUGCUGGUCCCACCACGCAAUCUGAUGAUCGAUAUCCAGAAAGACACCGCGGUGGAAGGCGAGGAGAUCGAAGUCAACUGCACCGCCAUGGCCAGCAAACCAGCCACGACUAUCAGGUGGUUCAAAGGGAACAAGGAGCUAAAAGGCAAAUCGGAGGUGGAGGAGUGGUCAGACAUGUACACUGUGACGAGCCAGCUGAUGCUGAAGGUUCACAAGGAGGAUGAUGGGGUCCCAGUGAUCUGCCAGGUAGAGCACCCUGCCGUGACCGGAAACUUGCAGACGCAGCGGUACCUGGAAGUACAGUAUAAGCCUCAAGUGCAUAUUCAGAUGACUUAUCCUCUACAAGGCCUAACCCGGGAAGGGGAUGCGCUCGAGUUAACAUGUGAAGCCAUCGGGAAGCCCCAGCCUGUGAUGGUGACCUGGGUUAGAGUCGAUGACGAAAUGCCUCAACACGCCGUCCUGUCCGGGCCCAACCUGUUCAUCAAUAACCUAAACAAAACAGAUAAUGGUACAUACCGCUGUGAAGCUUCCAACAUAGUGGGGAAAGCUCACUCGGAUUAUAUGCUGUAUGUUUACGAUCCCCCCACAACUAUCCCUCCCACCACCACCACCACCACCACCACCACCACCACCACCACCAUCCUUACCAUCAUCACAGACACAGCAGCGACGACAGAGCCCGCAGUUCACGGCCUUACUCAGUUGCCCAAUUCCGCAGAAGAGCUGGACAGUGAGGACCUCUCAGAUUCUCGAGCGGGCGAAGAAGGCGCCAUCAGAGCGGUGGAUCAUGCCGUGAUCGGCGGGGUCGUGGCCGUGGUGGUGUUCGCCAUGCUCUGCUUGCUUAUCAUUCUGGGGCGCUACUUUGCCAGACAUAAAGGUACAUACUUCACUCAUGAAGCCAAAGGAGCCGAUGACGCAGCAGACGCAGACACAGCUAUAAUCAAUGCAGAAGGAGGACAGAACAACUCCGAAGAAAAGAAAGAGUACUUCAUCUAGAUCAGCCUUUUUGUUUCAAUGAGGUGUCCAACUGGCCCUAUUUAGAUGAUAAAGAGACAGUGAUAUUGGAACUUGCGAGAAAUUCGUGUGUUUUUUUAUGAAUGGGUGGAAAGGUGCGAGACUGGGAAGGCUUGGGAUUUGCUGUGUAAAAAAAAAAAAAAAAAUGUUCUUUGAAAGUACACUCUGCUGUUUGACA